UCGUUUACGACGGGCCGGAAAGUAGCGACCGCAGCCAGCUCCGGGCUGAUCUGGGCCACUAUGGGGAAAAUCGCGCUGCAGCUCAAAGCCACGCUGGAGAACGUCACUAACCUCCGGCCUGUGGGAGAGGACUUCCGGUGGUACCUAAAGAUGAAGUGUGGCAACUGUGGUGAGAUUUCAGAGAAGUGGCAAUACAUUCGGCAGAUGGACAGUGUGGCACUGAAGGGAGGCCGUGGCAGUGCCUCCAUGGUCCAGAAGUGCAAGCUGUGCGCGAGGGAAAACUCCAUUGAGAUUUUGAGCAGCACCAUCAAAUCUUACAAUCAACCAUGUCCAAGGUCUUAUGGGGAGCAGGUGGCUAAGGCAGGCUUUCUCUGGAAGGGGGCUGAAGACAAUGAGAAGUUCAAGACGAUAGUCGAGUUUGAGUGCCGGGGCCUUGAACCAGUUGAUUUCCAGCCCCAGGCUGGGUUUGCUGCUGAGGGUGCGGAAUCGGGGACAGUCUUCAGGGACAUUAAUCUGCAGGAGAAGGACUGGACUGACUAUGAUGAAAAGGCUCAGGACUCUGUGGGAAUUUACGAGGUCACCCACCAGUUUGUGAAGUGCUGAACCCUCUUCCUGCAUACUUGCCUCUAAGGACCGAGAAGGGACAGUGUACCCCAAGCAGCAGAGCCCACCGAGGCUGGUGCCCUCAUCCCUUGUUUCCUGGCAGCUGUCCAAGCCCUCACAGUCUGCAUGCUGGGUUCUGUCACAGCUUCCCAAGCCCCACCAAUAAAGCCCUUGUUUGUGCUGUACUCAUGCAUGAAAGUAGAGUCAGGUAGCAGCUACUCACUCCAUAAAUAAGAAUUCAUGUUGGAGGUCUUUUACUGCUUCCUGACACCUUCCCACAAUAUAGAAUCUUACACCUGACUCAAUUUGAAAAAUAUGCAGGAACACAUAGCUUCUAAGGGCUCUCUAGCUUGUGAGGAGUGAGCAGGU